AUGGAUAGCACCAGCGCGGACCCGCAGAACCCCAUCAUUUGGAGCAACCUGGGAGCUGCGCAGAUGGAGCUGUGGCACCUGGAUGCUGCUGAUGAGGCGUUGUUCAAGGCAGCGGACCUUUCGCAGAGCAACGAGCUGGUCGUCCACAAUGUCAAAGAGCUGAAACAGCGAGCUGGGACGAGCCAGAUCUCCUCGCGGGCUUUGGUCGACCUGUGGUUCGGGGAGGAGAAGACGUUCUGA